AUGCUGUUGAACAUUCGUGCCCCGUGGACACCUAUCCUUACCGCUUAUCCAGUUCGGAACUUGAUAAGCGUAUUGUACGAGUUACUUAUCAGAGUGGAAAAGCAUAAGAUAAGAAAACGCGUCAAGUUUAAAAAUAAACGUAAUUAUGCAAAUAUCUCUCAAGUCUACAGCGACAGCGUCUCGCGUAGCCCGCGCUCGCGUCGUAUCGUACGCGCGCCGUUUCCGUUGCGUGUCGGACGCGUAGCCCGGGAGCCGGACGGGGCCGGACGGAGGCCGGACGCCGGCUCAGGAAACCUAUUACGCCCAAAUGAAUUCCCCGCCGUUUCCGGGCCACGACAAAUCCGCCCGCCGCGCCCGCUCUCCUACACCCGGGGCCCUUCU